AUGGUCGCGCCCGCUGUCCCUGAAAUCCAUGAAGAGGAGGAUAUCUUUGUUGCUGUUGAUGCGCGAACAGAAUCUCUGCAGAGCUUGCGGGAAUUAGGCCCCCCAGACUUGGUAUAUUUGGUCAAGCAACCCAAGGCCAAUUCCAAUUCAACUCGCCAAACCGGCGUUUAUCAUCAUGUCACCGGAAUUGAUGCCUCCUCGUCUGCAAGCUUGGCCGCCUACGUGAACACCCUCACAUUCUCUCCCCUCGAUAAGACACACAAAGUGGUAUCAGGAAUCUACUGCUGCUACAAUGCCUUCUCCCACCUCGACAUGCGCGUUGAAGUCAAGAUCCCUGGAAGCUUGGAGAGCUACUGCAUCGACGAACGGGGUGACAAGCGGGUUGCAACCGAAAGCCUCUGGCUUGAAACAUUCCUUUGCGCCGUGCUAAGAGCCUACCUUUACGCCGAUGACGGAAGUGGAGAUGCUGUCAAGAAGAUUGUCGGAGUCCGACGAUUCAACCCAGUGACAAAUACGGAGAUGGAACACAAGUUCUUGGAUGCUGCCGAGAAGCUUUUCUUCCUAGGACGCCAGCUGAGCUCCGACCCCGAGACCCAGGUCCCCAACACUGUGAGCAAUCACCUCACAUCGGGUGUCCUCAAGUACAUUCACACCACCGGUCGCUACACCUCCGGUAUCAAUUUAUUCGAAAAGCUCCGCACGAAGGAUGUGGAAGUCUCGUCUCUGCUCGCCCGUGUACAGAUGAUGGCAGACGAGGAAGUACAAGCGGUGCGACUGAUGUACGAUGCUUUACAAGAUGUACCGAUGGAUUACGCUUUGCUAGACUGCCAGGCAAACUUCUGCCAGAGCAAGGGCGAAGGCGAUAUGGCGCUUGAAUGUGCCAAGCGGGCCGUGACUGCUGCCCCGAGUGAAUUCAGCACAUGGGCACGUCUGGCGGAGGUAUAUGUUGGUAUGGAGCAGUGGGAUCUGGCGCUCUUGACUCUCAACUCCUGUCCGAUGUUCACAUAUCAAGACAAGGACACACCCCGCAUGCCCCAGCCAUCACGUAUCAUGCUUCCCAUCCUUGCCGAAAGCAUUCUCGAUGAAAUCGACGAGGGCCAGCCUAAGCAGGGAGACCCUCAUGACUUUGUCCACCCUUCUCUCCGGAAGAUCCAUGCUGCUAGUUACCAGGGUACUUUCUUGAAGGCAUACAAUCUUCUAACCAAGAUUGCUGCUGCUAUCGGUUGGGACCAACUUCUGAAGGUUCGCAGCGAGGUAUUCGUGAUGGAGGAAGAAUAUCGUGUUGAGCGGCAACAUGUCCCCAAACCUGUCCAGUCACUGGAAGCCGAGACGAACGGAGAUAGCGCUGAACAGGAGGAUGACACUGGUUCAGUGAAUGGACCUAGCGCGGCUGGAUCCACAGAAGAAACACCCAAUGGAGACGGCGAUGAAAACCACACCCAGAGCCCUCUCGAAAGACCCGAGCAGACAGUGGCUUCAGAGGUUGUCAAGUCUGGCAACGAGGAUCCCGAUCCAUCGCACGCCACAUACACACAAUUCCGUAACAAGCGUCUAUGUGAAAGGUGGCUCGAUAACCUCUUCAUGGUUCUCUAUGAGGACCUCCGCAUCUACACCAUCUGGCGAACCGAGAUGGCCCAGUUCCGUCAACAAGCGAUGGAGUACAAGAAGUCCGCGACCGAGUGGGAAAUUCUUGGUGAGCUCGCAGAGCGACUGCACCACUUCGACGAGAGCAUUGAGGCCUAUCAGAGUUGCCUGGCCACUCGUUUCUCGCCGAAGGCUAUGCGCGGUGUGUUGAAGCUGUACGAGCAGCGAAAUGACACACGAGGCAUGCUUGGUGCCCUCAUCCGCCUCAUCGCCUGGCAAUAUCGCUGGUAUUCCGAGUUCUCUCCCGAGCUCCUGUUCCUCGUCCGCAAGCUCAUCGAAGAUGAAGGUGCUGUCAAGGUCCGCAGCAUCGUCCAAGCCACCAACCUCCCUCAACCCGUCCUGGACCUCACUCACCAGUACUGCCAGCUCUGCGCGACAUUCCGCAGCAGUGGUAGCGAUACCUAA